UGGACUAUGGACGUGUGUGUGUGUGUGUGUGUACAUGAUCUAUAAGGAGAGCUUUAUAUAGCCACGGUUAUCCAGGAAGGAGGAAUACCCUAGAUGCCAGUGACCAUAUUUGAACACUCCUGGAGGCACUCGGACUACAAUCUUGUAUACUCACUAAGCGCUCCAUCUCUUCCUCUGUGCGUGCAGUUACACUGGACCACCACUCACUUUCUGGUUUCUUCUCCCUGACAGUCCGUUCAGCUGACUGACAACAUCCGCUCUGACCCUGCGCUAAGGGCUACUCUGCCUCGGUGUUGAUCUGUGACUUGGACUCAGUGGUAGACAGCGGGUGUUUCUGGUUUUUGCCUCAGUGGGGGUUGCUUGUGUGCAUGUGUGUGUUCGAGUGGAUGUGAGUCAGUAUGCCAUGUCGUCCCCUGGCUCGUCGUUUGUACAGAUAAAACAUGAGGACUUGCUUUUCUAUGAGAACUGUGGAGGAGGCAGCUUUGGGAGCGUCUACAGAGCCUUCUGGGUUUCCCAAGAUAAAGAAGUGGCUGUAAAGAAGCUUUUGAAGAUCGACAAAGAGGCCGAAAUUCUCAGUGUACUCAGUCAUAAGAACAUCAUUCAGUUUUAUGGAGCCGUGCUGGAAUCUCCCAAUUAUGGCAUCGUCACAGAAUUUGCGAGCGGAGGGUCUCUUUACGAGUACCUGUCCAGUGAGCACAGUGAGGAGAUGGACAUGAAGCAGAUCAUGACUUGGGCCUUACAGAUAGCCAAAGGGAUGCAUUACCUUCACGCUGAAGCUCCAGUCAAAGUGAUUCACAGAGACCUGAAGUCACGAAACGUGGUAAUUACUGCAGACAAGGUGCUGAAGAUUUGUGACUUUGGGGCUUCUAAGUUCCUGUCCCACACCACCCAUAUGACAGUGGUGGGCACGUUUCCCUGGAUGGCCCCUGAAGUUAUUCAGAGCUUACCUGUGUCUGAAACCUGUGACACCUACUCCUAUGGUGUGGUACUGUGGGAGAUGCUGACUCGGGAGGUUCCUUUCAAAGGUUUCGAGGGCCUGCAGGUCGCAUGGCUGGUGGUGGAAAAACAGGAGAGACUAACCAUCCCCACCAGCUGCCCAGCAAGUUUUGCAGAGCUUAUGAAGAAAUGUUGGCAAGCAGACCCAAAGGAACGGCCCCAGUUCAAGCAGGUGCUGGUAACCCUGGAAACGAUGGCAAAUGACAGCAGGCUACCAGAUCAGUGCAACUCCUUUCUGCACAACAAGGACCAGUGGAGGUGUGAAAUCGAGUCGACCCUGGAACGCCUCCGUAAGUUAGAGAGGGAGCUUUACUCCAAGGAGAAGGAGCUGGAGGAGAGGGAGCGGAGGCUCAAACUCUGGGAAGAGCGGCUGAUGGAGAGGUCCAAUAUGACCCCCAGUCCCACCCCCCUGCUCAUGGAGCGCCCAAGCAUAACACCUUUCUUCACACCAAUGUCCAUCAGUUCUUCAGGCCCCUUCUUCCGCUCUCACUCUCAAGAUUCCAACGGCACCGGGGUCAGCAGUGCCGGGGUCAGCAGUGCCGGGGUCAGCAGCCUCUUUCGCACUCUCAGCAAUGGAGACACAGAGAGAGGCAGCAGUGCCAUGCUGGAGAGGGGGAGGAGUUCACUGGACAGCGGCAGGCUGCACCUGAUGCUCCGGGGUCUGCAGGGGAGGUUUGGAAGUGAAGAUGAGGAGAAGGAAGGAACGGUGGAGGAAAAAAGCUGGGUGCAGAGAGAGCGAAAGAACAGCGGGAGCCUGGAGGGAGGAAGGGUUCAGGUGACACUCAGGAGCUUCCCUGGGGGGGUAGUGGAGACACAGAAGAGGACGUGGGAGGAGGGGGAUGGAGAAAGAGGAGGGUUGCAGAGGAGCAGAGUGACCACUAUAGUUCGAGGGUUCUCUGGAGGACUUGGAGAGGCAGACCAAGAAAAUGAGAAGGAGGCGGGAUGGGAGAUAGAGAAACUUGGUGACAGAUUAGAGGAGAGAAGCCUUGAGGGAGGGAGGCUGCCGACCAUGUUUAAGGGUCUCCAGGGGAGUUUGGGAGACAUGCUUUCCUUGGAUAUGGAUGACAUGGGGGAAAUGGAGAGGCUGGGUGACAUGGACAUAAACAUGGGUGACCUGAGCGCGAUGAAGGUGGUAGGUCAUGGCGUAAGGAGCGAGCUGGGGGUCAGAGAGAGCAGGAGUGACCUGGGAAUGAUAGUCCAGGGAGUCAGAGGCGACCUCAGCGAAUCCAUUAGCCAAAAGAUAAGAGGGGAAGUGGGUGUUAUCGGGCACUCAGGAAUGCAAGUGAGCAUGCGGGCAUCCUCCAAUCAGAACUCUGUGAAGAGCUGCAGUGUGCGCCAUGGAUCCAAGAUCAAUAUGGCUGCAGCGGCGCUGGACAUGAUGGAGCUCGACUGGUCUGACAGCGACUAGAAGUUAAACUAGCAACAAAGCAAAACCCUCAGAAAUCCACAAAGAGGCCAAACUAUAUCAACAUCUGAGCAACAGAAUGUGCUUUUCAGUUCAAAUAAGUUUUUUUUGUUGACAUUUUUUAUCACAUUUUUGAAUUUUACACGCUGUGAAAAAGCAAAAGACAUUCUCCAAUAAAUAUCGCCAGCUCCACAGAUCUGUAAAACCCUUAGAAAUCAGCAAUUCAGACACUGGUUAUUUCUCAUCUACUAUCAAACCCCCCGCUGACAGUCGGCAAGCAGAGCAGAAGCAGCUGCGAAUAAUCAGUGUGUUCACACCAGACAUGUCCUGCCAUGCUUGUCAUUUGCAGAAAAAGAGCCCCCUGGCUCUCUGGAAAACAUGCAUGACAUAUUGCAGACAGACCAAAACUGGUCCCGAAUGUUAGGUGCCAUGAUUGUUCCUUGUGUUUUGGGUUUUUUUAUUUCCAAAAAUGGUGUCAAUCAGAAGGAAGGGGUCAAAUCACAAGGAGCAAGAGACAUCAGGGAUGAUUGAAAACAUCCUAUGUUUGCAGUUCUGGCCCAACCAGGAAGUCCAGCUGGAAUGUUAAGUCACAAGUUUAGUUUUCAAAGAUGGGGGACUUCCUUCAUCUCCUAUUCUGUCUCUCCCAAAAGCUUCCUGUUUACUCUAUCCUAUUUAUGUCAGCAUGCACUGCUGCUUCUGAACUCUGGAGGAAAUGUUUGGGGUUCAUGCUAUGAAACCUCAAUGCAGUUUUCUGAAGAACCCAGAGGUUCUUCAGCUACAAUUUACAGUGACAUAGAAAAAGAAAUAGAAAAUAAUCCAUAAGUAAUCUAUCACUUUUGGUGAGUUUUUUAUUCUUCUGCAAUAUAUUUAAACUUCAAAGAGACAGGGAUUUUUUUCUUUCAAGAUGUGACUUGCGGAGUGCUGUCAUGACUUUUAUAAACUUUUUCAGGUGACCAGUGUUCUCCUUUUGACAAGAUGCCCCCAACUUCACCCCCCCCCCCUUUUUUUUGAUAAAAGUGUCUAAAAGAUGCUCAAAAUUUAAUUUACCUGUGUAAAUUUAGUGACUGCUGAAAGUUACUGCAUAUCCAAAAAGGUACACGAGUAAAUGUAGCGGUAACAAGGCAGCACUACUGUUUUUCUUUUGCUUAUUGUUUUGUGUUCAUUGAUUUGAUCUGUUCAAACAUGCUUAGACUUUAUCCAUUUUAUGAUCUAGUGAGUGUUUUCUUUGGCAUUUUCUGUAAUAUUUGAUCAGUUUUUAAAUAAAAAGGAGAGGCGUCUGAUUGCA